UCCAAUCAAUCUAUCACAAAACAAGCUGAAAAAUACUUGACUGGUCCAUGGAUGACUCGCUUUGUUCCUUCACUCCACACUGCUGUGUUUAUUUUCAGCCUUCCUUUAAACAUUAUGGCAAUUCUCAUGUUUGUGGUCAAAUUAAGGCUUAAAAAGCCAGCUGUGGUGUACAUGCUCAACCUGGCUUCUGCAGAUGUCCUCUUUGUGAGUCUGCUUCCUUUUAAGAUUGUCUACAACUUUUCUGGAAACAACUGGAUCUUUGGGCCUGUGAUGUGUCGAUUUGUCGCUGCCGCCUUCUACUGCAACAUGUACUGCUCCAUCCUGCUGAUGAUGGUGAUAAGCGUGGACCGUUUCCUGGCUGUGGUGUACCCAAUGCAGUCCCUAUCCUGGCGCACAGCAAGACGGGCCUCACUGGUCUGCUUUCUCAUCUGGCUUCUGGCUAUAGCUGGGGUGAUACCUCUGAUUGUCAGUGAGCAAACACAGAGAUUAUCCCGGUUAAAUAUUACAACCUGUCACGAUAUAUUAGAUAUCUCUGUUAUUAUGGCUAUAUUCCGGCAUUACUUUUCUGCAUUAUCUAUUUUGUUCUUUUUUAUACCGUUAUUAAUCUCCGUCACCUCUUAUGUGUGCAUUAUAUGGAAACUUUCUUCAUCCAGUGUUGCUACAAAGACUGCUAAAAAGAGACGUGCCAUUCUCCUGUCUGUAGCAGUCUUGUCUUCUUUUAUUAUUUGUUUUGGUCCUUCAAAUGUCCUAUUACUAGUGCACAGCUUGCGCAUCUCAUCUGAUCAACCCCUUGAAAGCCUGUAUUUUGCCUACAUCUUAGCAGUCUGCACUGGGUCCAUAAACUGCUGCAUUGAUCCCUUAAUUUAUUAUUAUGCUUCUACAAAGUGUCAAAAGCAGGUGUGGGAUCUCCUGUGCUAUAAGAAGCACUCUGCUUUUGCACAAAGCAGUCAGACAACAAGCAGCAAUGCCACUAACCUUUUAAGCGGCCCGAAUAAUUUGUCUCAUGCAUAGCAUCUUACAUUAAAUAUGUUUGCAGUACAGUAAUACUCAUUCGGAAACCUGGUUGUUGCAUGCCACCUAUUUUACAGCCUCUGUCUUUAACGUCCAUGCAUUCUUUCUCUAGAAUGUUUAUGCUUUUUCUUAUAUUCCAAGAAAAAGGUAUCAGACCAUGGUUUUUCUGCAGCUGCUGUUAAAAUAAUGUCUGUCUAGAGAUGUGAUUUGCUCCAAUGGUGACUGUAUAGAAAUAAAUAUUAUAUAUUGUUGUCUA